AUGGGGAUUCCCGACGACCAAGCCGUCGGAUCUAGCCCGCCUCCAUCAUCUGGAGCCGAGCGAUCCUCGCACGGCGGUAACAGCAGGCUGAUCAUCACGGAGAUGGUCCUCGAGAACUUCAAGUCGUACGCGGGCGUGCAGCGCGUAGGACCGUUCCACAAGUGCUUCUCGUCGGUCGUCGGCCCCAACGGCAGCGGCAAGAGCAACGUGAUCGACGCCAUGCUCUUCGUACGCUGUAUUCUUGUCGUUCAGGAUGACGAGAAGUACGAGUCAGUACCAGGAUCGGAGUUCGUUAUAUCGCGUACGGCGUACCGCAACAACACGUCCAAGUACCACGUGGACGACCACGCGACCACGUUCACGGAGGUGACGAGGCUGCUCAAGGCCAAGGGGGUGGACCUCGACAACAACCGCUUCCUCAUCCUGCAGGUGCGCGCCGCUGCCAAGCUAGUAAAGACAGUGGGCGAGGUGGAGCAGAUAGCGAUGAUGAAGCCCAAGGCGCAGGGUCCGCACGACGAGGGGCUGCUGGAGUACCUGGAGGACAUCAUCGGCUCCAACCGCUACAUCGAGCAGAUCGACGCCGGCGCCAAACAGCUGGAGGAGCUGAACGAGCGGCGGGUGGGGCUGGUGGAGCGAGUGAAGCACGCGGAGAAGGACAAGGACACGCUGGAGGAGGCGAAGCGGGCGGCGGAGGCGUACAUGGUGAAGGAGGCGCAGUGCGCGCAGUGGGGCAUGGUGGGGCGCGCGCUGGCGCUGAGGGAGUCGCAGGGCAAGGCGGGCGCGCUGGGCGCCAAGGUGGCGGAGCUGGAGGGCACGCUGACGGCGGAGAAGGAGAAGUGCGCCGGGCUGUGGGAGGAGCUGCAGGUGAAGACAGACGCGUGCGAGAAGUGCAACACGGAGUAUGAGGCGCUGUGCGGCGAGCUGGAGGCGGCGCGGGCGGACUUCAAGGAGUACGAGCGCAAGGACGUGAAGAUGCGCGAGGACCUCAAACACUGCAAGGCGCGCCUCAAGAAGCUCGCCGAUAAGAUCGCCAAGGAUACAGCCAAGGCGGAGGAGGUGGAGAAGGCAGCAGCAGCGGCUGAAACGGCCAUCCCCGAGCUGGAGAAGACGGCAGCCGCUCUGACACCGCGGCUGGCGGAGGCGGAGAAGAAGCUGGAGAGCAUCCAGGAGCACGUCCGAGUGGAGGUGGAGCGGCAGCAGCAGCAGCUGGGCCCGCUGCAGGAGCAGCUGGCGCCGUGGGAGGAGAAGGCGAGCGCCGCCAAGGCCAAGGCGGACGUGACGCGCACCAAGCUGAGCCUCAUCCGCGACAAGCACGCCGCAGCGGAGAAGCAGCUGGAGGCGGUGCGGAAGGCGAUAGAGGAGCGCGAAGUGGGGCGGAAGCAGAAGCAGGAGCAGCUGACGCGCAUGGAGGCGGCUGUGAGGGAGAGCGAGGCGGUGGCGGCUGCUAGCGCCAAGGAGGAAGAGGCCAAGGCGGAGGAGGAGGUAGCUGCGCGGGCUGAGGCGGAGGCAGCGCAGGGGCGCGCGGCGGAGAUGAGGGAGGCGGCCGCUGCGCAGCGCAGCAGCAGCGCCAUCCUGACGGCGCUGCUGCAGGCGAAGCGGGACGGCAGCAUUCCAGGGAUCUUCGGCCGCCUGGGCGACCUGGGCGCCAUCGAUGGCAAGUACGACGUGGCGAUAUCAACGGCGUGCGGGGCACUGGAGUACAUAGUGGUGGACAACAUCGAGACGGCACAGGCGUGCACGGCGCUGCUGAGGGAGCGGCAGCUGGGCGUGCAGACCUUCCUCGCCCUGGACAAGCAGCAGCACCUGGUGCGGGACAUGUCGGAGAAGGUGAGCACGCCGGAGGGCGUGCCGCGGCUGUUCGACCUGGUGCAGGUGCAGGACGCGCGCCUGCUGCCCGCCUUCUGGUUCGCCCUGCGCAACACGCUCGUCGCCGCCUCCCUCGACCAGGCCUCGCGCAUUGCCUACGGCGCGGACGCGCGGUUCAGGCGGGUGGUGACGCUGGCGGGGGAGAUGUUCGAGUCCAGUGGCACCAUGGCGGGCGGCGGGGGGCGCCCCCGCGGCGGCCGCAUGGGCAGCUCGCUCAAGGCGGCGGCGGCGGCGGCAGGCGGGGGGGUGACGCGGGAGAUGGUGGAGGAGGCGGAGAGGGAGGUGGCGGCGGUGGUGGCGCGCCUGGAGCGCGCGAGGGAGGAGAGGCGCGCGGCUGUGGCGAGGCGAGAGGAGGCGGAGCGGGUGUUGAAGCGGCUGGGAAUGGACAUUCCCAAGGUCCACAUGGAGAUCGAGUCCCUGGCAGCGCAGGUGGGAGAGCUGCAGCAGCGCGUGCAGGGCCUGCAGGCGGCGGCCGUGGCGAGUGCGGAGGAGGAGAGGCAGAUGGGCGCGCUGCAGCAGCAGCUGGCGGGCGAGGAGGGCGACGAGGCGCGCAUCCAGGAGGAAAUGGCGCCAGUGGUGGCGGCGGUGGCGCGCGUGCAGCAGGCCAUCGCUGAUGCCGGCCGGGAGGCGCUGGGCGAGCAGAAGGAGCACGUGGCCGCCAUCCAGAAGGCCAUAGACGAGGCGCAGACGGGCAUCAACCAGAGCCAGGUGACGGUGGCCUCAAGUGGCCGCAGCCUGGAGAAGCUGAGGAAGGCGGUGGGGGAGGCGGAGGAGGAGAGGGCGCGGGCGGAGGAGGAGAUGACACGGAUGAAGGAGGAGAUGAACGCCGUCAUGCAGGAGGCCUUUGCUGUCAACGACAACUACGAGCGCCUCCGCCAGCUGGUGGAGGGAAAGAAGGAGGAGUAUGGCGGCAUGAAGAAGGAGUUCCUGGCCAUCAAGGCGCAGCUCGACAAGAUGCGCACCGGGGAGGUGGAUGUGGAGCUGAAGCUGGAAGAUGCGAGGAAAGCGCUGAGGACGAGUCAGGAGACGGCUCGCCUGCAGAGGGAGAAGCUGAGGUCGCUGGGAGCACAGCUCAGGCAUCACAUCACACAGAUGCAAGCGGAGGGCAUUGCAGAGGAGGACGCGGAGGCUGCAGGGCUGCCGUGGGACCUGCGGGAGGAGGAGGGGGAGAGGCAGGGCAGGGCACGACCGGCAGCAGCAGGAGCAGCAGAAAGAGGAGGAGGCGAAGGGGAGGAUGAGGAGAUGGAGGAGGAUGAAGCUGCAGAGCACAAGGAGGGAGGUGCGGGUGAGGCGGGGGUGGCAGAUGGGCGGGAUGGUGAGCUGGAGAGGCUGCUGGCCCGCCUGUGUGGUAACCUUGUGCGUGCGGUUACCAGUCGGGAGGAGGCAGCAGCAGGGGAGCAGCGGCUGCGAGCAGAGCUGGAGGCACUCAAGGGGAACCUCAACCUGAGCUCCAUUGCCGAGUACCGCAAGAAGGAGGCGGUGUACGCACAGAGGCUGGGCGAGCUGGAGGCGGUGACAGCGGAGCGCGACAGCGUGCGGGUGGCACAGGAGGAGGUGAAGCGGCGGCGGCUGGACGAGUUCAUGGCGGGGUUCGAUGCCAUCACGAUGCGGCUGAAGGAGAUGUACCAGAUGAUCACGCUGGGCGGCGAUGCAGAGCUGGAGCUGGUGGACUCACUGGACCCGUUCAGCGAGGGCAUUGUGUUCUCCGUGCGCCCGCCCAAGAAGAGCUGGAAGAACAUCUGCAACCUCUCCGGGGGAGAGAAGGUAAGCCGCUGCCUGCUUCCCUGUAACGAGACCCUGAGCUCGCUGGCGCUGGUGUUCGCCCUGCACCACUACAAGCCCACGCCCCUCUACGUCAUGGAUGAGAUCGAUGCUGCUCUCGACUUCAAGAACGUGUCCAUAGUGGCGCAUUACAUCAAGGAGCGCACUAAGAACGCCCAGUUCGUCAUCAUCAGCCUGCGCAACAACAUGUUUGAGCUGGCGGACCAUCUCGUUGGGAUAUACAAGACACACAACUGCACCAAGAGCAUUACCAUCAACCCACGUAGCUUUGCAGUAUCGGCUGCUCCUACAGCGGCGGCUGCUCAACUGCUGCUACUUAAUAUUUAA